AUCAGCCAGCUUAUCGAUAUCGCUCGACCGCAUGCUGGAGUUGCCCUCUUUAUCGUCUGCAUCCUCAGCAGCUUUCCUUACUCUCGAGAACUAUGAGGACUAUCCUGUGCACUGUGCUGCUUGCCCUAGCAGCUCUAGGUGAUGCUAGACGCUCUCGACAUCCGCGCAACGUCAGAGCAACCGCUUGGCAUGAUGCGCAGGCGAAAAGGAGCUCGCUAGAGCGCCGUACGGAGACGCUCGAGCUGUCGAGCUCUGGCAAAGUCGCGCCAAAAGUGCUCGUGAUCUCUAUGUUCGCUCCAGAGGCAUCAGUCUGGUUUGAACCGUAUAAGCUAGUCCACAACAUUACCGUCCCCGGCUUGUCGGUACUCUAUCCGCAAGUGCACUGCAACAGCGCAGGCUCAGUGUGUCUCUACACGACCGGCGAGUCUGAGAUCAAUGCUGCUAGCUCUGGCUCCGCCUUAUUCCAGAGCGCGCUCUUCGACUUCACGAAGACCUACUUCUUGAUCGCUGGCAUUGCCGGCGUGAACCCGUAUCACGGAACGCUCGGAACGGCGGCUUUUGCUGCCUUUACACUUCAGCCUACGCUUCAGUACUUCGGAGAUCAUACCGAACUCGCCAAGACAAAGGCGUGGGGCAACAAGUUUGAGUUCUGGGCGUUCGGCACGAACCAGACGGGUGUCUAUCCAUCUGAGCUUUACGGAACCGAGCUGUAUCAGCAAGCGAUCGACAGGGUCAACACGAAUCUGCUCAAGCGGGCUCUUUCGCUCACCAAGAACGUCAAGCUCAAUGACUCGUCAACUGCCCAGGCUUACAGAAAGCGGUUCGACUAUGCGCCUGCGAACCAGCCUCCGACGGUCGUGCAAGGGGACGUCCUUACUUCCGAUGACUACUUUUUCGGACACUAUCUAGGCUAUGGCUUUGGCAACUAUACAAAGCUGUUGACAAACGGUACGGGCACGUAUGUCAUGACAGCUCAGGAAGACUCGGCGACGGCCGAGGCACUCCUGCGCGCUACAGUAGCCAAAAAAGCAGACUUUUCGCGAUUGAUGAUCCUGCGUACUGCAAGCGACAUCGAUCGCGCUCCGCCUGGCGUAGACGAGUACACUGCGUUCGAAUACGAUCAGGGUGGCUUCGAGCCGUCAAUUGCUAAUCUCUACCUCGCCGGUUCGCCCGUCGUCAAUGACAUUCUUGCCAAGUGGAACACAACUUACGAAGCCGGCAUCGCACCACAAAAAGAUGGCUUCUAUGGGAACAUCCUUGGGACGCUUCGUUCAUAAAUCCAGGAUCACCAUCAUCGACAUAGACGCUCGUAUGAGCAUAGACGGGUCAGAGGGAAAUUCUCAAGUGCACAAGCACAAUGCAUGCGUAUCUUACAUGGCAUUGUCAUAUUGCACGCUGAUGUUACUAGGAUCUUG